GUAGUCUAUUGAAAUGAAUAAACAAACAUACAGAAUCUAAUCAACAAUCGAAUUCAACAAGCUUCUCAGAUUACUGCAGAUUAAGUACAAGUACAUUUGUCAUUUGAUUCCGUCGAGUAGAAACGUCAUACAUAAAUUAUCCUAUUCUAAACACAAGUAAAAGCAUAUUUGUAAUGAUAAUAAUCAUUUACAUCAUUCACAAUUGAAACGUACAGCGAGACUAUAAUUUAUGGACGAACCAAUCACGUAUGAGAUAACAGAUCUCGGAUUUUGGCGCGAAAUUCACUUACCUACUUGGCAAAAUAUGGUUUUCGCAUUACAGCUGAUAUCACUUCGUGAUGAAAAACCUAAAUCCAAUCCUCAACCUUGACCAUCAAAUAGAAAUCAAAAUUCCAUUUACUCACACUGGUUUACAAUCUUCACUUCGUUCUAGUUAUUGAGUGGAAACAAAUUUGGAAGUAAUACUUGCCAUGAUUGAAAAUCUUGAAUGGAAUUCCAUUGAUGAAGUCAACAUGAUGAAUCAGAUGGAACAUGUUAAUCGUUUACUAAUUGUAUCCACAUAUGCCCUAAUGGUGUUAAUGAUUCUUAUAGCACAAAUUUUAUUCACAUUGAUUGUCAUAUUAUUCAUGUCAUUAUCUUAUCAAUCAAAUUUUUCAAUUGCAUCAUUGAUACAGACAACGGCUAGUGGUUUAUUUGUGUUGAUCGCACUUGUGAUCGCAUUAUUAAUUUGUUUUGUAAAGAAGAUAAAUGAGACAUUUCCAGAGAAUGUCACUCUUGCUAUUGCUUAUUCUGGUUGUAUGGCGUUAGCAUUAGGAAUUUGGUAUAUGCAAUUAUAUGUUCUUCUAAAAAUUGCAGCUUUUGGAAUUAGUCUGGUGUUAUUUAUAUGUGCAGUGUUGAUUGGUGCAGCGAUUAAAACAAAUUUGGCGGACCAAAUAAAAAGUGUUCUAAUAUCUAUUACAUCGAUAUUUAUUACGUUUAUAAUAGCUGCAAUCGCAUUCAUCUUUUCAGGAAUCAAGGUAAUAGCUCUGGCUUUCUAUAUAGCUGCAGUAACAUUUUCAUUCAUUAUCACAAUAUUUAUCAGUUAUAUAACUAUUGGCAAAUUAAGAUGUCUUAUCUUUUAUCCUAAUUAUUCAUUAGCAUCUAUAUUAUUAUAUACUGUAUUCUUUAAUACCUUAGCAACUAUGAUUGAUAUAAUUAAUAUUUGCUCUCGACUACUAUUUAAUUUUCCAUUUUAAAUCGAUAAGAAAAAACAAAAAACAAAAAAAGAGAAAAACAUUGAGAAAAAAAAAGAGAAACUAUUCGUCAGUUUGUUGGUUACAUUGUUACAUUGAACUUUCUUUUUGAUAAACUUUUAGAUAAAUGAAAUUGAUUUGGGAG